AUGAACUUAGUAGAUUAUGAACUUUCCAAUGAUGAAGAUUCGGAUGAAGGGAAAUCAAAUAGCUCGAAAAAGGAAAAUGAUUUAAAAGAAAUAGAAAAAUUAUGCAAUAAAAAUAUCGAAAAUGAAAAAACGACAUUAAAAAUAAAGGAAGGUGAUAAUAAGAAGGGUAUUAAUUAUAAUGAUACUGAAAAUGAAAGCCCCGAUAAGUCAACAAAUCUGGAAAUAGAUUUGCAUAAUAAUAACAGAGAUGAAAAUAGUAACAAUUUAAGUGGUGAAAUGUGUGCAAAUAGAGAAAAGGAAAGAAAUAUAGGAUAUAGUUAUAAUAUAAUAGAGGAUGGGGAAAAAUUAAAAAAUAUUAACCAAAAUAUAUACAAUAAUAAUGAAGAAUGUUUUAAAGAUCAAAAUAGAGUAUGCAAAGAAAAUGAUUGUAAUAAAAAUAUUUUAGAAAAAAAUAAUAUUAUGAAUGUUAAUGUUGAUGGAAAUAAUUUUGAUGAAAUAUUUUAUUUACCUGAAAAUAAAUAUUCAGAAAUACUAAAUAAAAAAAUUGAUGAAUUAUCAAAGUUAUAUGAAAUAAAUUUAACUAUUAAUAAAAAUAUAAUUAAUUCAAAUGAAUAUAAAAAUCCAGGUAUUUUGGAAAAAAUUAUGGAAAUGUUUGAUAUCGACGUAUAUUCAUCCAAUUAUCCACCACAUAUAUACAAUCCUCAUGAUUUUUUAUCUGUUGAUUUAUUUAACGAAAAGGAAAAUACAACUGAUAAGAAUAAGGCAAAAUCCAAAUGGUCAGAAAUGAUGUAA